UCCUCUCGGUCGUUCAUAUGACGUUAUUCAUACGGCCGCGAGCUUUGUGACGCGGCUGUGAUGCGCGCGAACUGACGGUCUCAUCUCGUGAACGCGCAAAAGCAGCAAUGGCCGCUUUGGGUCGGCGAAAUCCUAAUCUCGACGAUUUUGUCGGAUUAAACUGGAGUUGUUGGGUUGAUAGGGGGAAUAUUUUACCAUCUGACGCUGGGUCUCAUGCUGAAGACAGCAGCAAGUAUGGGAGGAACCGCUGUGAGACCAUGACCCUCAGGAAAGAAGAUAUGCACAUAUUUGGCCACUGCCCAGCACACGAUGAGAUCUGUCUGGUGGUGUGCAGCCACUGUGGGCAGGUGGUGAAGCCUCAAGCCUUUGAGAAGCACUGUGAGAGGCGCCAUGGUCCUCUCACUAAAAUGUGUGGCCCAUCAUCUGCUUUGGCCCCACAGCAGCGGCCUCGCCCUGGUCGCUCUCCUUCGAAUCUGUCCUCCUCUAGAGAGAAGCAGAAGGAUGGUAGAUGUCAUGAAGCCAGUGCAGCAUUACCGGUCCAGCAGCACAGGCACACCAAGGCCCAGAAGGAGGCAGUGAGUUUUCCGUCAGUGGAGAAGUUCCCUCAGGAGAACCCUCCUCUCCCACACCACUCCUCCACCACGCCUCGACCCAGGGUUCCUCCGUGGCACUCAGGACCCCUCCCCCCUGGCCACUGUUCCUCCUCCACUUCUCCAUCAGACAGACCGGCUGCACAAAAGCCCACAACUGGGCCGUCCAGUGAGUCUCUCAGUCCUCUGCGGGGAAUGAGAACCUACAGCCGGAUUUACAAAAACAUUGACAAGAAAGAAUGUGACCUGAACAAACACUGCGGAGUUCUGGAUCCAGAAAGGAAAAAGCUGUGCAGCCUGGAGCUUAUAUGCAAUACUGAUUCCAUCCACCAGCAGCAGAAAGCUUUGGGAAGGACUAAGACCUUUGGUCAGUUGGCAGUGGAACAGAGAACAACCCCAACAGGUCGAGAUGUGGAGCAGUCUCUUGUCAAAUCAGAAGACAAAGAGCAACAUUUGGAAGCUUUUGAAGAGAAAAAAAUGACUCAGGGCAGUAAAUACAACUUCAGCAGCAACCGUCACAUUGUCAGCAGGAUCAGGGAUCCAUCACAAAGCUUUCCAGAGGAUGAAUCCUUCAGCACAGUGGAAGUGAAGGUACAGCCUCCCUAUCCCUUCAACCAGAGCUUGCUGUCAAGCGAGGAGAGUGAAGACGAUGAUGAGCAGGAGGAAGCCACAGACCUGCCUGCCACACCCAGGCACCCCAAACCUCUCGGGCUAUGCACUUUUGGAUGCCACACAUUGGGUUGCAGCAUCUUCACCUUCGACCGGCGUUGGCAUCACCUGCAGUUUGCCCUCAGUGCCAUGUUGGAGCAUCAUGUCAGCACACACUUGUGGACGAAAAUACCUCAAGUAUCAUCAGGUCUCAGGUCACAUCAGGACACACCUCCAACUGUCGGAUCCCCUGUCAGGACUGGGUGCAGACCCUCUAAAUCCACUGGCUCCCUCAGUCUUGAGUCUACCUCACUGGGACAACUGGAAACCAAAAGCAGUCAGCACAAUGCUCACAGUACCAAACCACCUUCUUCCACCACUUCUGCGAGCCUUGGGUCUGGCCAGCGAUGCAACCUUGUUGGGCGAGCCGGCAAGGCUCGGCCGAGGAAGGUGCAACUUAUGCAAGAGGCAAGCGCAGCACAGAAAGCUGCCAAGCUGUCACACAGCGGUGAGGACAAAUCCUCAAAGUACAUCAGGGAUCCCCCCCUCCAUGAGAAGGACCAGCCGCACGUCCCCCCCUCUCAAGAACCAGUAAAUGGUACCUUCUCACACGGAAAGAAGCCAUGUCCUCCUCUCCAUCGCUCCCCCCGCAGCAGAGGGAAGCCCCCAGGGAUUCAGCAGAAGGUGACGGGCUAUGACAACAGAGAUCUUGCCCAAAAACGCAAAGGCAGCAAUGAGUCACCGCCUCUCAGCUCCUCACUAUCCAAAGCCUCCAAGUGUCAACGCUUGUCUUCCCCUUCCCGCUCCAGCCUCCUCGCCUGGAAGAGAGAGAACGGGGAUGUGCUUGUUUGGGGCCUGGAGAAAAAAUCCGACUCCUAAAGACCAAUAAAGAGGCCAGCCUUAAAAAGACCACUUGGAGAAGAUGCCUGCUGCAGGCUGCUGCCAGCAUAGUAUGAGAGAGUUUGUGUGUGUGUGUGAUGUGUGGGUGUGUGUGUGUGUG